CAAGCCACGGCCGCCAUACUCCCGAGUGCGCUGAGCUCCGUACUUCAGUCUUCGCGCGGCGCUCGGUCAAGACACUCGCGUCUCCUGCGAACACAACCUCCUUUAUCUCAAAGUGCUAGUUUAUUUUUACACUUACCGUAUCUCUAGUGAUUGUGUUAAGAUGCCUACUGAAGUUUGUGAGAGAUUCAUGGCUAAACUAUUAAAGAUGAGCGAGCAAUCGUCGCCAUUCCGUCGCUGGACUACGGGCAGCGGCGCAGGCAGCUCUUACCGCCACCACGAACACCGCAACAUGUAUAAUAAGCAAAUGAGCGAGGGCGCAGCGCCAGUGGCGACAACAAAUGGCGGCGGCUCCAACGUGUCGCGCUGGUCGCUGGGGCUCGAGCACCUGCUGGCUGACCCUGCAGGAUUCGAAGCCUUCGCCCACUUCCUCGCGAAAGAGUUCGCCGCUGAAAACAUACGUUUUUGGUGGUCAUGUGAGCAGUACAGCGCUAUAUCAGAGCCAGAACGUCGCGGUGCCCUGGCAGCUGAGAUCUGGCAGCGCCACCUGGCGGACAAGGCACCGGAGCCGGUCAAUGUCGAUGCCGCAGCUCGGCGCGCCGCCAAACUUAUGAUGGAGACUCAUCCACCACCAGCUGAACUCUUCCAACAGGCUCAGAAGCAGAUAUUCAACGUGAUGAAGUUUGACAGCUACCCCCGUUUCCUUCGCUCCGGUAUACACGCUGAGUGCGCACGCGCAGACCUCCGCGGUUUGCCGCAACCUUACGCUCCAGCUAGGGAUAAUACUACUGAAAAUACUAAGUUAAAGAAGUCAGACAGCAAUGCAUCGGAGCGGCGCCGCAGCGGCGGCGGGUCCCUACUGCCGUGGAAGCUGCGCGCCGGCCGCGAGCGAUCCAAUAGUACGCAGCAUAACGAACCACCACCUGUCACUGAUGUGGUGAAAUCAUGUCAAUCAGUUCCCGGACAAAGCUUGUUAUGCCGCGUGGUACUACCAGAUGGCGCUACCUCCGUAGUGGGGGUGGACGACACUUUGACAGUGCGUCGACUAGUGGACCGACUGUUGCAGAGGAGGAACUUGCCCUGCGCCAACUAUGAUGUACUGCUUAAAGAUGCUAGUCAGGGUACGUCGAGUACAGUGGACGUGUCGUCCCCGUCUUCGGUGCUGGGCGGUCGCGAGGCGGUGGUGGAGGCGCGCUGCGUGGUGCGGCUGGAGGUGGGCGGGCGCGGCGUGGCCGUGCGCUGCGGCCCGGCGCGCCGCCUGCGCCACGUGCUGCGCCCCGUCCUCGCCAAGUACGCCGCGCCACACGCCGCGCGCGCCGUGCUCAGGGCCGGCCGUCUGCUGCACCCUGACACACUCAUGCAGGAACUAGACGGCGCUCGUCUCCAAAUAGUGGAAGUAUCAGAGAAUGGCGAAUACCGCGCUGCUACAGCGGAGUACGAGGUGGACGAUGACGCAGACUCACUCAGCGACCUCGCCGUCAGGUUGCAGGACGACGCCAUGAAGCAGCCCGAUGAAGUGAGCGUGGGCACGGCGAGUGGCAGUAGUCGCGGCAGUAGCGGCGCCGGCCGCGUCCGCGCCGCCCUACGACCCGGGCCUCCGCUACACCAUCACCCACCCGAUUUCCUAGAGAAUCUCAGAGAGACGCAACGGCAGAGGCUACAGAGCAAGGGCUCGGUGUCUCCGCCGUCGUCCCCCGGUCCACAGCCCCGCAGCCCCCCUCCGCUCCCCCCCAAGCCGGCGCAGCGCGCGCCCCCUACCGUCGUCUGAGCGCACCACUCGCCGGUCUCGGCGCAUGAUCACCUCACACGACUUCUCCAAGUCACACUUGGGAACCGAAGUAGCCGACCCACAGCUCACAAGACGGACGGAAUCCGUCGAGAACUCAGUUUCUGACACAACUGAGACUAAUGAGCCAUGUCGGCCCCUGUCUGUUGACUCCAUGUCAAGGUUGUCGAAAUACUUCGAACACAACAAACAUUCUGACCUUACAUAUCUGUAAUUUAAUAAGAAGCUUUACACGGAUGAGAAUGUUGAAGGAAUUGUGUAAAUAUAGCAGUUAACGAGCU